UGUCAGGCCUGCCCUGUACAGCCCGGAACCGGAGCCGAGAGAGGAGCGGGCGGCGGGGGAGCUUGGUGGUAUCCAUGGGACACCCUGCAGGGGCACGUUCUACAGGGGCAGAUACUAGUGGGUGUCACCUUAUAGGGGCAGUUUGUGUUGGGGUCACCCUAUAGGGGCAGCUCCCAUUGCGGCCAUACAGUAGGGGAAGAUUGUGUUUAAGCAUCUAUAGGGGAGGUUUCUAUAGGGGCAGGAGCGCAGUUUCUAUAGGUCUGGGUCACACUGUCUCUAUAGGGGCAGGAGCGCAGUUUCUAUAGGUCUUGGUUCACACUGUCUAUAGGGGCAGGAGCGCAGUUUCUAUAGGUCUGGGAUCACACUGUCUCUAUAGGGGCAGGAGCGCAGUUUCUAUAGGUCACUGUCUAUAGGGGCAGGAGCGCAGUUUCUAUAGGUCUGGGAUCACACUGUCUCUAUAGGGGAAGGAGCGCAGUUUCUAUAGGUCACUGUCUAUAGGGGCAGGAGCGCAGUUUCUAUAGGUCUGGGAUCACACUGUCUCUAUAGGGGAAGGAGCGCAAUUUCUAUAGGUCUUGGUUCCCACUGUCUCUAUAGGGGCAGGAGCGCAGUUUCUAUAGGUCUUGGAUCACACUGUCUCUAUAGGGCAGGAGCGCAGUUUCUAUAGGUCUUGGAUCACACUGUCUCUAUAGGGGCAGGAGCGCAGUUUCUAUAGGUCUUGGUUCACACUGUCUAUAGGGGCAGGAGCGCAGUUUCUAUAGGUCUGGGAUCACACUGUCUCUAUAGGGGCAGGAGCGCAGUUUCUAUAGGUCACUGUCUCUAUAGGGGCAGGAGCGCAGUUUCUAUAGGUCUGGGAUCACACUGUCUCUAUAGGGGAAGGAGCGCAGUUUCUAUAGGUCUUGGUUCCCACUGUCUCUAUAGGGGCAGGAGCGCAGUUUCUAUAGGUCUUGGAUCACACUGUCUCUAUAGGGCAGGAGCGCAGUUUCUAUAGGUCUUGGAUCACACUGUCUCUAUAGGGGCAGGAGCGCAGUUUCUAUAGGUCUUGGUUCACACUGUCUCUAUAGGGGCAGGAGCGCAGUUUCUAUAGGUCUGGGUUCACACUGUCUCUAUAGGGGAAGGAGCGCAGUUUAUAUAGGUCUGGUUCACACUGUUUCUAUAGGGGCAGGAGCGCAGUUUAUAUAGGUCUGGUUCACACUGUCUCUAUAGGGGCAGGAGCGCAGUUUAUAUAGGUCUGGGUCACACUGUCUCUAUAGGGGAAGGUGUGCAGUUUCUAUAGGUCUGGUUCACACUGUCUCUAUAGGGGCAGGAGCGCAGUUUCUAUAGGUCUGGGUUCACACUGUCUCUAUAGGGGAAGGAGCGCAGUUUAUAUAGGUCUGGUUCACACUGUCUCUAUAGGGGCAGGAGCGCAGUUUAUAUAGGUCUGGUUCACACUGUCUCUAUAGGGGCAGGAGCGCAGUUUAUAUAGGUCUGGGUCACACUGUCUCUAUAGGGGAAGGUGUGCAGUUUCUAUAGGUCUGGUUCACACUGUCUCUAUAGGGGCAGGAGCGCAGUUUCUAUAGGUCUUGGUUCACACUGUCUCUAUAGGGGCAGGAGCGCAGUUUCUAUAGGUCUUGGUUCACAUUGUCUCUAUAGGGGCAGGAGCGCAGUUUCUAUAGGUCUUGGUUGACACUGUCUCUAUAGGGGCAGGUGUGCAGUUUCUGUAGGUCUGUGUUCACACUCUCUAUAGGGGGCGCAGUGACAGAUCCAGUAGUCAUUUGGAGGAUUGGAGUUGUACUUCCUGUACCAGACUUGUCUAUAGGGGGUCUUCCUGUCUUUAGGCCCCUGGCUUCUAUACAUAACAGGUAGACACUGGCGUAAAUCCAAGUUAGUGGGGUGAGAAUAUUGGAGUGUAGAGGUCGGGGUGACCCCAUGACUGCCGCCAUGCUGCGCUCCAUCCCUGCCAACCGCCUGGUAUCUGCGCUGUCUGGGAGCAGCGUGCUGGUGAAGUGCCUGUGGGGGGUAGUAGUCCUCCUUUACCUUCUCUCCCUAUGGGUGGACACUGCUCAUGUUCUGGCCGUCACCCCUGGACUCUUGCUGCCCCCCAACCUCUGGCUGUGGACGCUGGUGACGCACGGACUGGUGGAGCUGCACCUAUGGGACGUCCUUGCUAAUCUGCUGCUGACCCUGGGUGCCGGGCGCCGGCUGGAGCCGCUGUGGGGGGCCCCGGAGCUGCUGCUCUUCUAUGGGGUGGUCAGUCUGUCUGUGGGCGUCCUGAGCUCCCUCUUCUUCCUGGUGGCCUAUGCUGCGACCUCUGACCUGCACUUCCUGUUCUCCGCCCGGGUCCACGGGUUUCCAGCCUUUGCCGGCGCCGUCCUGGUGGCGCAUAAACAGACGAUCGGAGACGUCCUGGUGGAGCCUCAGCGCUGGGUGCGGAUUCUCCCUCAGCUGGCACUGCUGGGGGUCAUGGUCCUGACGGUGGCCGGGCUGAUCCCGGGUCAGGUGCUGGUGGGGUACAGUCUGGGGCUGUUGUCGGGCUGGGUGUACCUGCGCUUCUACCAGAGACACAGCCGUGGCCGAGGAGACAUGUCCGACCACUUCUCCUUCGCCAGCUUCUUCCCGGCACCCCUGCAGCCCGCCGCGGCCCUCCUUGGGACCCUCACACACGCCGGCCUGGUGAAACUGCGACUCUGCCCGCGAGCUGUCAAGAGAUACGACGUGGGGGCGCCAUCCUCCAUCACCAUCAGCUUACCGGGCACUGACCCCCAAGACGCCGAACGGAGGAGGUAAUGUGUGCGGGGCUGCUAUCCUAUUUUCUCC